CAUAGUCUCAACUUUGUCAUGGCUCCCAGAAACAUGGUAGCUCGCAUGGUUUUCCAGGCUAGCUAAACCAGGGAGCUCUCCCAGGCUCAUAAUCUGCAAAAGCUUGGUCGCACUGGAGAGAAGACCGUGAGGGAGAAACAGUAGGAAGCUCAUUUGGAAGGAAGGAAGGAAGGAUGGUGUCGGGAGACAUGUUGAGCCACAGCAUGAGCAGAGCAACUGAAGCAAAGUCGCAGAUUCUUCAGGGACUAUGGAGAGCAUGGCCCGAGAUGAACUCACUUUGCCUGAGGGAGCAAGUCAGCGUCAGUUUUCAACUCGGCUUCCUUGGAAUCCUGCCACUAGUUUUCUGGGGGAAAUUAUUGUGCUUUCUGGGAAGGAAGAGCAACGCCACGGGUCAGGCAACGGACAGACAUCUGAUUGGCCAUAGAUCCAGCAUAAUAUACAAAUCCACCGUUGUCUGCACAGCCAUAGUACUGGGGACACAUCUCUUAAUGCUAUUGAUGUUGGUAAAUGGCAACAAUGCCAUUUGUCGCUCUAAAACUCAAGCAUUUUCAUCGGAGAUCAUGCAAGUAAUAUCCUGGGCAGUUACACUCAUAGUACUGUACAAGAUACCGAAAGAGAAGAAUAUGAAAUUCCCAUGGAUUCUAAGGGCAUGGUGGAUGUGCAACUUCCUCUUGUCUGUUUUUUGCACAACUCUCGACAUCAACUAUAUAAAUACGUACCACAGCCGCUUAAGGACACGAGAUUUCGCAGACUUCAUGUGCCUGCUCGCCUCCACUGGAUUGUUCAGCAUUUCCAUCUGGGGGAAGACAGGCAUUGCCUUCUCGUACACCAAUGGCAUCGUGGAACCGCUUCUUUCUGAAAAUGUCGAGAAACGUUCAGAAUCCAAAAGGGAAUCUCCGUAUGGGAAAGCUACCCUCUUACAACUUGUUACCUUCUCUUGGCUAAACCCAUUAUUCACUGUGGGGAUCAAGAAGACGCUUGACCAAAAUGACGUGCCCGAUGUAGACAUCAAGGACUCUGCAGCAUUUCUUUCUCGUUCUUUUAGUGACUGCCUAAAGCAAGUCAAGGAUAAAGAUGGAACCAGAAAUCCAUCCAUCUACAAGGCAAUCUUCAUUUUCAUCAGAAAGAAGGCACUGAUCAAUGCACUUUUUGCGGUCGUAAGUGCUGGAGCAUCAUAUGUUGGCCCAUACCUCAUAGACGACUUUGUCAAUUUCCUUACUGACAAGAAAAGCAGGAGCUUGGAGAGUGGCUAUCUUCUAGCAUUAGCUUUUCUAGGUGCCAAAAUGGUUGAGACUAUAGCACAGAGACAGUGGAUUUUUGGAGCACGCCAGCUAGGCCUUCUUAGAGCUGCUCUGAUAUCACAUAUAUACAAGAAGGGACUAGUUCUGUCGAGCCAAUCUCGCCAAAGUCACUCCAGUGGAGAGAUCAUCAACUAUAUGAGCGUGGAUAUACAGAGAGUCACAGAUUUUAUCUGGUAUUUAAACAUUAUAUGGAUGCUACCCAUACAAAUCUCAUUAGCCACCUACAUUUUGCAUACCAAUUUAGGUUUAGGGUCUGUUGCUGCACUAGCGGCAACAAUGACUGUUAUGACUUGCAACAUACCUCUAACGAGAACUCAGAAAAAAUACCAGUCCAAGAUCAUGGAAGCUAAAGAUAGCAGGAUGAAAUCCACAUCAGAGAUUCUUCGAAACAUGAAAACCAUAAAACUUCAAGCUUGGGACAAUCAGUUCCUUAACAAAUUAGAGAGCUUGAGGAAAAUAGAGUACAAGUGGUUAUGGAAGUCGCUACGACUGGGAGCACUAUCAGGUUUCAUCUUCUGGGGUUCACCGACAUUCAUCUCCAUCGUGACUUUUGGCGCAUGUAUGCUAAUGGGCAUUCAACUUACUGCUGGAAGAGUCUUAGCAGCCCUGGCCACUUUCCGAAUGUUACAAGAUCCCAUAUUUGGUCUACCAGACUUGCUCAAUGUAAUUGCACAGGGUAAAGUGUCAGCGGACAGAGUUGCUUCUUACCUGCAAGAGGAUGAAAUUCAGCAGGAUGCAAUUGAAUAUAUUCCAAAGAAUCAGGCACAGUUUGACGUAGAGAUUAUCAAUGCAACAUUCAGCUGGAAUCCAGACUCGAGUCCUCCAACUCUGAGUGAUAUUGAGUUGAAAGUUAAGAGGGGAAUGAAAGUGGCGAUCUGUGGAACAGUGGGAUCAGGGAAGUCGAGCCUUCUGUCAUGCGUCCUAGGAGAAAUAGAGAAGCUCUCUGGCCGAGUGAAAAUCAGUGGUACAAAAGCUUAUGUUCCACAGUCUCCUUGGAUACUGACAGGGAAUAUAAGAGAUAACAUUCUGUUUGGAAAUUCAUAUGAUCCCGACAAGUAUGACCAAACAGUCAAGUCAUGUGCUUUGAUUAAGGAUUUCGAGCUGUUCUCAGCGGGCGAUCUCACGGAGAUUGGAGAAAGAGGCAUCAACAUGAGCGGAGGGCAAAAGCAAAGGAUACAAAUUGCACGUGCAGUUUACCAAGAUGCUGAUGUAUAUCUGCUUGAUGACCCUUUCAGUGCAGUGGAUGCUCAUACAGGCGCACAACUCUUUGCAGAUUGCCUGAUGGGAAUGCUCAAAGACAAGACAAUACUCUAUGUGACUCACCAAGUUGAAUUUCUUCCAGCAGCAGACCUCAUUCUGGUGAUGCGAGAUGGAAGAAUAGCACAGGCUGGUAAAUUUGAAGAUCUUUUAAAACAAAACAUAGGAUUUGAAUUGUUGGUGGGGGCUCAUAGUGAAGCCCUUGAGUCAAUACUCGUAGUUGAAAAUUCAAGCAGAACAACUCAAGAACCAACAGCUGAUGGCGAAUCCAACAAAGACUUCGAUUCUACAGCUGAACUUCCACCUAGAAGGCAUGACUCUGAGCAUGAUCUAUCCUUGGAGAUAUCAGAGAAGGAAGGGAGACUGGUGCAAGAUGAAGAACGAGAAAAAGGAAGCAUUGGAAAAGAAGUUUAUUGGUCCUACAUAACAACAGUGAAGGGCGGAGCGCUAAUCCCGAUAAUUCUCAUUGCUCAGUCCUCAUUUCAGAUACUCCAAGUAGCCAGUAAUUAUUGGAUGGCAUGGGUUUAUCCUCCAGAUAGUGAUACUGAACCAUUGUAUAAAAUGGAUAUAAUCCUUCUUGUUUACGUACUGCUUGCUGUUGGAAGUUCACUCUGCGUACUUCUUCGAACAAUGCUUCUUGCGAUAACAGGAUUAUGGACAGCAGAGACACUAUUCAUGAAAAUGCUUUACAGUGUAAUGCGGGCUCCAAUGGCAUUUUUUGACUCAACCCCAACUGGAAGGAUCUUAAACCGGGCAUCUACUGAUCAGAGUGUGCUAGACUUGGAAAUGCCAAUGAGAUUAGGUUGGUGUGCUUUCUCCAUAAUACAGCUUCUAGGAACAAUGGGAGUGAUGUCGCAGGUAGCAUGGGAAGUAUUUGUGAUCUUCAUCCCUGUGACUGCAAUAUGUAUAUGGUACCAGCAAUACUACAUUCCAACGGCCAGAGAACUAGCCCGCUUAUCAGGGAUUCAACGAGCUCCAAUUCUACACCACUUUGGAGAAUCACUAGUAGGAGCAGCUACAAUUCGUGCUUUUAACCAAGAAGAUCGAUUCAGUGAUGGAAAUCUAGGGCUUGUAGACAACCACUCAAGGCCAUGGUUUCAUAAUGUCUCAGCAAUGGAAUGGCUUUCGUUUCGCCUAAAUCUUUUGUCUAACUUUGUCUUUGCCUUUUCAUUGGUUUUGCUGGUAUCCCUCCCAGAAGGAAUUAUUAAUCCAAGCAUAGCAGGGUUGGCUGUAACAUAUGGAAUUAACUUAAAUGUACUUCAAGCUUCUGUUAUAUGGAAUAUAUGCAAUGCCGAGAACAAAAUGAUCUCAUUCGAGAGAAUACUUCAGUACUCAAAUAUAGCAAGUGAAGCAGCUCUAUUAAUAGAAGACAGCAGACCUCCAAGCAACUGGCCAGAAAUGGGAAUGAUCUGCUUCAGAAACUUGCACAUCCGAUAUGCUGAACAUCUCCCAUCUGUCCUCAAAAACAUCACCUGUACAUUUCCUGGCAAAAGAAAAAUUGGUGUAGUAGGAAGGACUGGGAGUGGAAAAUCAACUCUAAUACAGGCCAUCUUUAGGAUAGUUGAGCCCAGAGAAGGAACCAUUAUAAUUGACGGUAUUGACAUAACCAAAAUAGGCCUUCAUGACCUUAGAUCAAGACUCAGCAUCAUUCCACAGGACCCUACAAUGUUUGAAGGAACAGUAAGGGGGAACCUUGACCCAUUGGAGCAACACUCUGAUAGAGAAGUAUGGGAGGCUCUAGAGAAAUGUCAACUUGGUGAUAUUGUCAGAGGAAAGGAAGAAAAGCUAGAUACCGCAGUUGUGGAGAAUGGAGAAAACUGGAGUGCAGGCCAAAGGCAGUUGUUCUGUCUUGGUAGAGCCUUGCUGAAGAAAAGUAGUAUACUUGUACUCGAUGAAGCAACCGCAUCAGUUGAUUCUGCUACUGAUGGCGUUAUCCAAAAGGUCAUUAGUCAAGAAUUCAAGAACCGCACAGUGGUGACAAUAGCUCACAGAAUCCACACUGUCAUAAACAGCGACCUUGUCUUGGUUCUUAGUGAUGGAAGAAUAGCAGAAUUUGACACACCCACAAGAUUACUGGAAAGAGAAAAUUCAUUCUUCUCCAAGCUCAUAAGGGAGUACUCCAAGAGGUCACAAAGUUUCGGCAGCAUAGCACACCUAAAUAGCUAAACCAGGCCGUGACGCCAUCAAAGGGAACGGUGUCAAGGCAGACUAAGAGAAAAUGUGGGGCUCCUACGAUUGCAUCAACGCUAUCGGCUGCAAAUGUGGCGGAAAUGCUCAGGAUCAACAUGGCCACAUCCAGCACGAUCAAUAAUCUGCGAAAUGAACGGAGCUUCUGACUUCCACUCUAGGAUCUGCCAAGCAAUUCCUUUUAUGAUUAGCUAUGAGCAGACACCUUAUUGUCAUUGGAAUUGUUUUUAUGUAAGCGAGUGACCUGAGAAAAAUAAUAAGAAUUUCAAUAAGAGAAGAGGAAUAUGCGUUGCCGAGGCA